UGUUCGGUACCCGGUGGACUGCGUUUCGCUAGGAGCUGCGGAGGCGCCAGCACUAGGAGGACAAGGCGGCCCCAAGCGGGACGCCCCGCGCAGUGACUCCAUGGCGACCGCGAUAGUGGGGCCGAUCUACGCGAUCUACGGUUUAUCCGAGGACGAGGAGGAGUCUCGUAUCCUCAGGGUGAAGGUGGUUUCUGGCAUUGAUCUAGCGAAAAAAGACAUCUUUGGAGCCAGUGAUCCAUAUGUGAAACUUUCCCUGUAUGUCGCAGAUGAGAACAGGGAACUUGCUCUUGUGCAGACAAAAACUAUUAAAAAGACUCUGAAUCCAAAAUGGAAUGAAGAAUUUUAUUUUAGAGUAAACCCAACCAAUCAUCAUCUCCUGUUUGAAGUGUUUGAUGAAAACAGAUUGACUAGAGACGACUUCCUGGGUCAAGUGGAUGUGCCACUCAGUCAUCUUCCAACUGAAGACCCAACCAUGGAAAGGCCGUACACAUUUAAGGAUUUCCUUCUCAGACCAAGAAGCCACAAAUCUCAUGUAAAGGGUUUCUUGAGACUGAAGAUGGCUUAUAUGCCAAAAAAUGAUAGCCAAGAGGAAGAAAACAGUGAUCAAAGGGAUGAAUCUGAGCAUGGAUGGGAUGUGGUCGAUUCCAAUGACUCCGCAUCUCAGCAUCAGGAGGAGUUGCCACCUCCUCCACUGCCUCCUGGAUGGGAAGAAAAGGUGGACAACCUGGGGCGGACUUACUAUGUCAAUCAUAACAACAGAACUACUCAGUGGCAUCGACCAAGUUUAAUUGACGUGGGAGCUGAUUCAGACAACAAAAUCAGACAAAUAAACCAAGAAGCAGCCCAUAGGCGGUUCCGCUCUCGAAGACACAUUAGUGAGGAUUUGGAAGAGAGAGUAGAGAGUGGAGACAUUCCUGAGCCUUGGGAAACCAUUUCAGAGGAGGCAUGUGCAAGUGGAGAUUCCUUAAGCUUGUCAUUGCCACCACUUCCUGCAUCUCCAGUAUCCCGUACCAGUCCUCAGGAAUUAUCUGAGGAACUGAGCAGAAGACUUCAGGUCACUCCCGAUUCCAAUGGAGAACAACUCAGUUCUUUGAUUCAAAGAGAACCUUCUUCAAGGUUAAGAUCUUGCAGUGUAACAGACACAGUUGCUGAACAAUCUCAAUUAUCCUUGCUUUCAGUGGCCUAUGUACACACUACACCAGGCUUACCUUCAGGCUGGGAAGAAAGAAAGGAUGCAAAGGGCCGCACUUACUAUGUCAAUCAUAACAAUCGAACCACAACAUGGAUGCGGCCCAUCAUGCAGCUUGCAGAGGAUGCCAUGGUUGAGUCAACAGCAACCAGUAGCAACCAUUUAAGUGAACCUCAGAUACAACGGCCUCGUAGCCUCAGUUCACCCACAGUAACUUUGUCUGCUCCAAUAGAGGAUAUCAAGGACUCCCCUGUGCGCAGAGUGGUGAAGGAUACCCUUUCCAACCCACAGUCUCCGCAGCCCUCACCUUACAACUCUCCUAAACCUCAACAUAAAGUUGCACAAAGCUUCCUUCCUUCUGGCUGGGAGAUGCGAAUAGCACCCAAUGGCAGGCCCUUCUUCAUUGAUCAUAAUAAUAAAACUACGAUGUGGGAAGAUCCACGACUGAAAUUUCCAGUGCAUUUGAGAUCAAAAGCAUCUCUGAACCCUAAUGAUUUGGGCCCUCUUCCUCCUGGUUGGGAGGAAAGAAUACAUUUGGAUGGAAGAACCUUUUAUAUAGAUCACAAUAAUAAAAUUACCCAGUGGGAAGAUCCCAGACUGCAGAACCCAGCAAUUACUGGUCCAGCAGUUCCAUAUUCCAGAGAGUUCAAACAGAAAUAUGACUAUUUCCGGAAGAAGUUAAAGAAACCAGCUGAUAUACCAAACAGAUUUGAGAUGAAACUACAUAGAAAUAAUAUUUUUGAGGAGUCCUACAGAAGAAUCAUGUCUGUGAAGAGACCUGAUAUAUUAAAAGCCAGGCUCUGGAUUGAAUUUGAGUCAGAAAGAGGACUUGACUAUGGAGGUGUGGCCAGAGAAUGGUUUUUUCUCUUGUCCAAGGAGAUGUUUAACCCUUAUUAUGGUCUCUUUGAAUAUUCAGCAACGGACAACUAUACACUUCAGAUUAAUCCUAAUUCAGGUCUUUGUAAUGAAGAUCAUCUGUCGUAUUUCACAUUUAUUGGUCGGGUUGCUGGUCUGGCAGUGUAUCAUGGGAAGCUAUUGGAUGGCUUCUUCAUCAGACCUUUUUACAAGAUGAUGCUGGGGAAACCAAUAACUCUGAAAGACAUGGAGUCAGUGGACAGUGAAUACUACAACUCUUUGAAGUGGAUCCUGGAAAAUGACCCCACAGAGUUGGAUCUCAUGUUUUGCAUAGAUGAGGAAAACUUUGGACAGACAUAUCAAGUUGACCUGAAGCCAAAUGGAUCAGAGAUCAUGGUGACAAACGAAAAUAAAAGGGAAUACAUUGACCUGAUUAUCCAGUGGAGGUUCGUGAACAGAGUUCAGAAACAAAUGAAUGCUUUCUUGGAGGGAUUCACAGAACUUCUUCCCAUUGAUCUGAUUAAAAUUUUUGAUGAAAAUGAACUGGAGUUACUGAUGUGUGGCCUUGGGGAUGUUGAUGUUAAUGACUGGAGACAACAUACAAUCUACAAAAAUGGUUACUGCCCAAAUCACCCUGUUAUCCAGUGGUUCUGGAAGGCUGUUCUACUGAUGGAUGCUGAAAAGCGGAUCCGAUUGCUGCAGUUUGUCACUGGGACAUCACGUGUGCCUAUGAAUGGAUUUGCUGAACUUUAUGGUUCAAAUGGCCCUCAGCUGUUUACAAUAGAGCAAUGGGGAAGCCCUGAUAAACUUCCCCGAGCUCACACAUGCUUUAAUCGCCUGGACUUACCUCUGUAUGAAUCAUUUGAUGAUUUGCGAGAGAAGCUCCUCAUGGCGGUUGAAAAUGCUCAGGGAUUUGAAGGAGUGGAUUAAGACACUGACAUCCCUCCUUGGAGCAGAUUCUGCUUGUACUUUGGCAGAUGCCCAGCAGACUUGAGUGACUGUGGCAGAACAGCUGUUGCACAGCACUGGCUCACGGACCAGCUGCUGCCUGGCUCCCUAUGCCUGAACUGCAG